AUGGAUUUAGUAGAAGAGACCGCCGCUCCAUUAAAGGAGUUCUUUAAGAAUUCUAUGCGUUUGUUCCGCAAGUGCACCAAGCCAGAUCAAAAUGGUAAAAGAUUAGAUAGACAGAGAUCACACGAUUCAGAUGAUGAUCAUAUCUUUUAUAAGAAAUUCCAAAAGAUUGCACUUGCUACUUUAAUUGGUUUUGCUAUUAUGGGUUUCAUUGGUUUCUUUGUAAAGUUGAUUCAUAUUCCAAUCAAUAAUAUCCUUGUCGGUGGUGUAUAA